CUUAUUUCCAUUCCUUGGCAGCAAAUAAGCCACGCCAUCUGCUCCCUAAACCCAUGAUUAAGAGCUGGUUCUCCUAUGUACUUGGAAUUGACCUGCAAAAUGAAGUCUUGGUCGUCUCUCAAACCACCGACGGAAGGGAAGACCACAAGAGAAAGGACAUAUUGACUUGUCUUAUCCGCCCAACACUCAGUUAGAUAGAUUCUCUUUAACUAUUUUGAAGAAAGAUGCAACCAAAAUAUAGCCAUGUAUACAUUUCUAUUCAGUCUACUUAUCUGCUCCAUAGUUUUUAAUCAAAAGGUUAAUGGUCAAGGGGAUACCAUAACUACAACUCAGUUUAUCAAAGAUGGUGAAACUAUUGUUUCCUCUGGUGGAUCAUUUGAAUUAGGAUUCUUCAGUCCAGGAGAAACUUCUACAAAUCGAUAUGUUGGAAUAUGGUACAAGAAACCCUCUGUUAUUACUCCAGUUUGGGUUGCUAAUAGAGUAGCUCCUGUCACCAAUAAAUCUGGGGUCUUGAAAGUCAUUCAGUUAGGUGUUGUUGUUCUUGUCAAUGAUACUAAUGCCACUGUUUGGUCAACCAAUUCAUCAACAACGGUCCAAAAUCCUGUUGCACAGUUGCUAGACACUGGAAAUUUUGUGGUGAGAGAUGCAGAUGAUCCAAAUCCUGAAAAUUUCCUCUGGCAAAGCUUUGAUUAUCCUAGCAAUACAUUGCUGGCCGGUAUGAAACUUGGAACGGACUUGGUGACUGGAUUAGAAAGGUAUCUUAGCUCGUGGAGAAGCAAUGACGAUCCUGCUCCUGGGGAUUAUACUUAUCAUUGUGAUCCUACUGGUUAUCCACAAAACCUUAUGAGAAAAGGUCCUAAUGUGACUUUUAGAGCAGGGCCAUGGAAUGGUCUUCGGUGGAGUGGUGCACCCAACAUGGUGAACAACUCAAUCAUCUCUUUUGGCUUGAUCAUGAACAGUAGGGAAAUUUAUUACAAUUAUGAACUUGUGAACAAAUCUGUUAUUUCGACUUUAGUGAUAAAGCCUUUUGGGAAAACUAUGCGAAUCAUUUGGAUUGAAAAGACUCAGAGUUGGGUUAAUUAUCACUCUGCAGAUGCAGAUGACUGUGAUACCUACAAAUUAUGUGGUGUAUAUAGCACUUGCAACAUUCUGAGUGAUCCUUUUUGUCAGUGUUUAGAUAAAUUCGAGCCAAAACAUCCAGAUGAUUGGAUCAGGUCAGACUGGUCGAGUGGUUGUGUGCGGAAACACCCACUGAAUUGCACGGGAGACAGGUUUCUAAAGUACUCUGGUGUUAAACUGCCUGAUACACGAUUUUCUUGGUUCAAUAAGACAAUGACACUAGAUGAAUGCAGGGCAGUUUGCUUGAGAAACUGUUCGUGUACGGGUUAUACUAAUCUGGACAUACGCAAUGGAGGAAGUGGGUGCUUGUUAUGGAUUGGGGAGCUGGUUGACAUCAGACAGCUAUCUCAAUCAGGGCAGGAUAUCUACAUUAGGAUGUCUGCUUUGGACAUAGAUGUUGCAGGUUCAGCUGGAUCAAAGGGAAAAAAAGCUGUCAUACUUGCAGUAGCUUUGCCACUAUUGGUUGCGUUGAUUCUGCUAGGUCUAGGUGUAGGCCUGAUUCUUUACAAACGAAGGAGAGAGGAUCCAGUGAUUACAACAAAGGGGACAUUAAGUGGUCACAGCAACAAGAAUGAUAACAGUAAUCAAAGUCACUCUGAAGAUUUUGAGCUACCACUUUUUGACUUAUUUACAUUAACCAAGGCUACUGACAACUUUUCAUUUGUGAACAAGAUUGGAGAGGGUGGCUUUGGACAAGUUUACAAGGGUGUCCUAGAAGAUGGACAAGAAGUAGCAGUGAAGCGGCUUUCAGAAACAUCAGAGCAAGGACUUCACGAGUUCAAGAAUGAAGUUAACUGCAUUGCAAAACUUCAGCAUCGGAAUCUUGUAAAGCUUCUAGGAUGCUGCAUUCAAGGAGUAGAGAAGAUGUUGGUGUAUGAAUACUUGCCAAAUAAAAGCCUGGAUUUAUUUUUAUUUGGUUUAGAAAGGAGCGCAAUACUUGAUUGGCCUAAGCGCUUCAACAUUAUUAAAGGAAUUGCUCGAGGAUUGAUGUAUCUUCAUCAAGAUUCUAGGCUCAGAAUCAUCCACAGAGACUUGAAAGCUAGCAAUGUCUUGCUUGAUAAUGAAAUGAAACCAAAGAUAUCAGAUUUUGGGAUGGCUAGAAGUUUUGGAGGAGACGAGACAGGAGCCAACACACGACGUGUUGUUGGAACAUAUGGUUACAUGUCCCCAGAAUAUGCAAUCGAUGGGAUAUUUUCAGUGAAAUCAGAUGUCUUUAGCUUUGGAGUACUAGUACUAGAGAUUGUGAGUGGAAAGAAGAAUAGACGAUUUGUUCAUCCAGACCACCACCUCAACCUUCUUGGACAUGCAUGGCUGCUUCAUAAAGAAGGAAGGCAAUUGGAACUAGUCGAUUCAAAUCUGGUGGACUCAUGUUACGUAUCAGAAGUGCUUAGAUCAAUCCAUGUGGGAUUGCUAUGUGUUCAACAGAAUCCGGAGGACAGGCCAAGUAUGUCUACUGUGAUUAUGAUGCUGAGCAAUGAAGGCAUUUUGCCACCACCUAAACAUCCUGGCUUUUUCACUGAAAGGAAUGUUAAAGAUGUUGAAUUUUCUUGGAGUACACAAACACCUAGUUCUAUAAACGAAAUUACCAUCACAUUGUUGAAUGCUCGAUGACGCCUGUCCAAAGUGGGCUACACCUUCCAUCAUUUCUCAUAAUGUAUUAAGUUCCUCCCCUUCUUUUUUUAAUUAGUUAGAAGAUUAUUUUGUAGUAAUUCUAUUGUAAUACGUCUACAUUUUAAGUUAGGAUUUCCUACUCCUAUUCAAUUUCACAGAGAAGUUAGAUUCAGCUAGCAACAGCUUA